CCUCCUGCUGCUCCUCCUCCUGCUGCUGCCGCUGCCGCGGGUGGCGGCGCCGUGGUCCCGCGUCCCCCGGGGCCGGCCCCCCAUGGGAUGUAGCCGCGGCGGGCUUCUCCGGGCGCACGUCGGGGGGCUGCUGGGUGCGCGCGCCCCUCCCCGCGCCCCGCUGCUGCUCACCAUGCUGCUGCUCUUCAGCUACUUCUUCUACUGCCUCACCGGCUCUUGCGAGACCCUCCGCCCGGGGGGAGCGGGCCUGAUCCGACAAGCGCAGCCGCACGACGAAGGGAACCCCCCGCACAAGCUCCUCUUGUUGCUCCCGGGACUGGCCGGGGACGCCGGCGGGGAGGACGAGGAGUCGGCGGCCGGCGGGGCGAGGCUGGAAGAGGAGGACAACGACGUGGGGGACGGCCGGAUCGGGAGCCCCUCGGCCGGAGGAGCCUUGCCCGUGGCCAACGGCUUUGGGAGUAAAAAGUUUCCGCAGGCCAUCAUCGUGGGCGUCAAGAAAGGCGGCACCCGUGCGCUGCUGGAGUUCCUGCGCAUCCACCCGGACGUCCGAGCCGUCGGGGCCGAACCGCAUUUCUUCGACAGGUGCUACGAGAAAGGGCUGCAUUGGUACAGAAACUUGAUGCCCCGCACCUUGGAGGGACAGAUCACCAUGGAGAAGACGCCGAGCUACUUUGUGACCAAGGAAGCCCCCCGGCGCAUUUACAACAUGUCCAGGGACACCAAGCUGAUUGUGGUAGUGCGCAACCCGGUGACGCGGGCCAUUUCAGACUACACGCAGACCCUUUCCAAGAACCCCACCAUCCCUAGCUUCCAAGCCUUGGCCUUCAAGAACGUCAGCACGGGCCUCAUCGACACCACCUGGAGUGCCGUACGGAUUGGCAUUUAUGCCAAACACCUGGACAGCUGGCUGCGGUAUUUCCCCCUGUCCAAGUUCCUCUUUGUCAGCGGGGAGAGGCUGGUGAGCGACCCAGCUGGGGAGAUGGCCCGCGUCCAAGACUUUCUGGGGAUCAAGCGGGUGGUGACAGACAAGCACUUCUACUUCAACGAGACUAAGGGCUUCCCUUGCUUGAAGAAGCCCGAAGGGAGCAGCCGACCCCGGUGCCUGGGGAAAUCCAAAGGGAGGCCGCACCCCAAAAUUGACCCGCAGGUCAUCCGCCGCCUGCAGGAGUUCUACAGACCCUUUAACAUGAAAUUCUACCAGAUGACAGGGCAGGACUUUGGCUGGGACUGAC